AUGUAUGUGAAAUGCUUUGAUACAGUAAUGUUUUACUAUGUGAUUUUAGUGAUUUUAGUGAAUGUCUCUUUUUGUCAUUUUUGAAUUUCCCGCCGUUCCGUCCCCGUACGUCCGACGCUCGCAUGGGACGGAACCUAGAUGACAGAUGCUGGCAUCCGCCGGAUUACAUUGCCGGGGACACUACAGGAGGGACAUCACGGGAGCACAGGACAAGGUAAGUAAUCGAGGGAUCGCAAAGCAGCGCUGCAUGGUAUUCCUGAGUGUAGAUCAGGGUUACCACUUGUGCUACACUCGGGAAUACUGCCAAGGAGGU